GCAUUCGAGGAGUAAUGCAGGGCUGCCCUCGCUCAAUUUUCUGAGCACCGACGCUGAUAUAGAUUCCAGGAACAAGUCACUAUGGACGUCACGAAUGUAAUUGGAGAUUACGGCAAGUUUCAGAGGAACGUCUAUCUUUUCACGCUGCUUCGAGAAGCGCCGAGUGCCAUUCACCUUGUCAUAUACAGCUUCUUCUUCCCGACGGUGGAGUACUGGUGCGCCAUGCCAGAAACACUUGUAGGAAACAUAACAUCGGGGCAACGGGAACUACUUGCGUUGCCCAAUUCAUCCUCUGAUACCCGUCACCACUGCGAAUUCAUUCAGUUUGAUGUUACGGUAGAAGAAGUUGUGCUACUGAGAAACACGUCACUGCCUUGUAAAACGUGGGAGUAUGGACGAAGCUACUACAAGGGAUCCAUGGUACAAGAAUGGGACCUCGUUUGCGACCGAGCUUGGAUGCGAAGUCUCGCGCAGACUGCCACGAUGGUCGGAAUGCUCGUGGGCACACUGGUGUCCUCACUCGGAGACAAGAUAGGCCGGAGACCCAUCGUAACAGCCGGAUACGUCAUCUGCUUGUUCGGAAGCGUUUGUGUCGCAGUGUCUCCGUCAUUUUCCAUCCUUGUGGCAUCAAGAGCGCUGCUCGGCUCUGGCUUAGGAAUGGGGCGGUCCUCAUCUUUCUGUUUGCUUAUGGAGGUGAUCGGCCUAAAGAAGAGGACCGCCGCCGCUCUGGCGCUCGGCGUUGGCUUCUCCCUUGGCAUCAUCAUGCUUCCUGGCUUGGCGUGGUUCAUGCAAGACUGGAGGAUGCUGCAAUGGGCUAUCACCACUCCUUUUCUGGCCUUCAUCAUUUGGUCUUGGUUCCUUCCAGAGUCCCCGCGCUGGCUUAUAGCGAAAGGCAAGAUGUCCGCAGCUCGUAAAGUAAUCCUCAAAGCAUGCACAGAUAACAGACUGCACGUCGACGACAUUGACAUUGUUUUGGUGCAGUUGAGAAAGAAAAUUUUGCAGGAAGAAGAAUCCGCAAAGAAAAAACCCAGCUUCGUCGACCUUGUAAGAAGCCGGAGAAUGCUCAUUUACACCAUCGUACUGGUUUACGCAUCUUACAGUAGACGUCCUAUAUCACCGCGCAGUUUACCAGAAAAGUGUGAUAUCUGGUUCACAAUUGCUCCUUCCAUUGGUCACGCCCGUUCAGAGGUUGAAGCGCAUGUGAUUCACGCGAUGGCGUCAACAUCAGAAACCACGCGCGCUCGGAAAAAAAAAGCGAUUUCGCUCGAUGCCGACGCCUCGACGAGCGAUAUUUUGAAUUCCUCGAGUAGUGAGGAAUCAGACAACGAUGUGGUGACAUCGGAUUUUAGCUUCGAUGAAGAAAUUUCAUCAGAUCAGCCGGGAACGUCAGCUGUUAGUCGCGGGGUAACCGGUGGGAUCACAUUCUACGGACUUCAGCUCUCGGUCACGAGCCUGGGCGGAGAUCCGUACCUGACGUUUGUUCUGGCUGCCCUCGUGGAGAUACCAGCGGUGCUCGUCUGCUACACAGCCGUGCGCUGGUUUACGAGGCGUCCGACAAUGUUAGCCGUGUACGCCGGCACCGCACUCUGCACUUUUGCAGUGUGCUCGCUUUCCCUGGAUUGGGUUGUACUACGCCAGAUAUGCGGAAUCGCGGGCAAGAUGCUGGCGUCCGUGUCUCUUGCGCUGCUCUGGAUUUUCGCUGCCGAAAUAUUCCCGACAGUGUUCCGGACAUUCGGUGUGAGCGCCUGCUUGGUCGGCACACGCAUCGGGUCCUCGACCGCACCAUUGCUUCUCGAACUGCGAACGUACGCCAGUUACUCUCUGCCAAUGGCUAUCCUCGUUGGCUUCGCGACACUUGCUUCAAUGCUGAUGCUGCUGCUACCAGAGACGUUCAGGGUGGCACUUCCCGACACGAUACACGAAUCCGUACACCUGGGAAAUUCGAAGAGAUCGAAGAACAACCAGUGCGUUGACCGCUUCAACACAGAGCCUCUAUGCGAGAACUUAUAGUGUAGUGAAGUUUAAGCGCGUGCCUAACAUUCUUGAAUAUCACAAAUGUUACAACGGUGGGCGACAGACUUAAAUCAAGUGGAAACGCUGCAAGAUUCAAUUGCAUCUUUAUGACGUGGUAAUCAUAAUGAUUCAUGGAAGUACAGUCCUGGUUCCUAGCUAUGCUGCCAUAGAAAUUGGUAAGAUUGUGGUUUGGAAACUUUUGAACUCCCUUGUACUUGUUGCUAUGAAAUUGACCAUAGGAUCUUUGUUGCAAAGCGUCAUUUUGCCUUGGCGAAACCAAAAGGCUUUGCAAACUAUAAAAAUUUUAUGGUGGGUGUACUUUUUCGGCAACAUUGUUCCCUAUCAUAAUUCUAUUUCGUAAGGCACUCAAAUUAACUUCAUGAAGAAUAUGGCGUCUCUUUGAAUUAUGAAUAAGACUACAAAAUCAAGGCGAAAUUUUUAUACAACUUUCGAUAUUACACUUCACUUUUACCUCUGCGGCCACAGCGAUCAGUAUUCACAAGAGGGACCGAUCACCGCUCAGGGUUUAUAUAACAGAUACGUACGUUUUCAUUUCUUGCACCAUUCGGUGAUUUCUUUGUCUGUUUGUGUUGUUUUAUUUUUGUGUAGAGUUUAUUGCUCCUCUAACAAGGGUUGUUUAUCGCAAUAUUUGUUUUCACUGUGGACUCGUCUCGUACAAAUGUUCGCUACUCUGGAACCUACAGAUCACUGCCGCCUGAAGCUACAGGCACGGCAGAGAGCUUACUCCAGCUUGGACGAAGUGUGGCGUGGAAUAAACACUGAAGUAUGUGUAAC